GAGAAUAAUACUUAGAAUGUUUAGGUUGGGGUGUGUAAGGUUAAAACCUGAGAAGAUGCUACCGCUUUUUCUAAUUGUAUACUUCUUUGCAUUCAGCUCAUUUGCAUACAGUAAAAAAGAUUUCGAAAUGAUUUCGAAAGGAAAACGAGUGUUUUGUAAUGUUUUCGGAGGCUGCAGUUAUAACUCAGAUAGAAUGCUUAAGCGUUCUGUGAAAAUGAACAACCAAUAUGGAGAAGUAAAGACUACAACAAGUGAUUCCUUAUUGAUUUUGGACAUAUUAGGGUUGUUUCUCAAAGGUAGAAAUACUCCUUCGCUAAAUGAGAAUUUAUGACGGUGGAGAACAUAAUAAAAAUGUUUUUCGAGAGCAUUACUACAGAAAACUAAAGAAACCAUAAGAAAACUGUUAAAAUAGAAAAUAAUGAGAUGUUUUGGAUUAUUUUAAUUGCUUUAUUUGCACUCACUAAGCAAUCCGACAAUAAAUAUCAAUCUUCAAUGUUUAUUAUAUUAUGUAAUUACAAUGUCAGAUUAAUAUAUCUAUUUUUAAGGCAUUCUUAUUUU